GGUUAUGAAGAUAUGUAUGGUUAUGCAGCACCUCCAGCUGGCUAUGGUUAUGGCUAUGAUCCGUACGGUUUUGGUCCAGAUCCAUAUGGUUAUGGUUAUGGUGCGCCGCCAAUGCGUGGAGGUCGAGGUGGCAUGCCGGCAUGUUUUUUGAUGAUGAUGAGGAUGUUGACAAAUUUUGGAGCUGGUUUUUUACCCCGAGGUUCGGCAGGCCGAGGCCGUGGUACCAGCGGACGAGGUGGCCGUGGCGGAACAGCACCCAGAGGAGCUAAAAGACCUGGAGAUGGUGCCGGGGGUCCUGCAUCAAAACGAGAGUUUGGCGGCGAUGACUUUUCGGCCGAUGUUAAUAUGAGCUCAUUUUAG